CAUUUCAUUCUCAGCAGUCAACAUUCUCCUCUCCAUCACAGCAAUUCUUGGGAAUUCCCUUAUCCUUAUUGCUCUUCACAAAGAAUCUUCCCUCCAUCCACCAAACUCUUGUAUCGUUGUCUGGCAACAACUGAUCUGUUGGUUGGUCUUGUUAACCAGCCUCUCUAUGCUGCCUACUGGAUGUCCGUGGUUUACGAACACUGGAGUUUUUGUCGAUACGGAAAGGACGCAAUCGUCAUAUCAAGCUAUGUAUUAUGCGGAGUGUCUUUGAUGACGACGACGGCCAUAAGCGUGGACCGACUUCUCGCCAUGUUGUUGGGACUGAGAUAUAAAGAGAUUGUAACUUUGAGGCGCACUCAUAUCAUUUUAGCUAUCGUUUGGGUUGCAUUUCUAGUCGCUGGUUUAUUCUCUUAUCUCAAUUACCGUAUAAGCCUUUGGUACCGCAUCAUAAUUAUACCAUCUGCUAUGGUAAUCUCAGUCGCCUCGUACACGAAGAUUUUCCGCGCUCUCCGUCAUCAUCAGGCUCAAAUACAAGAUCAUGUUCAACAACAGCCGAACCAACCAAAUGUUCUGAACAUGGCGCGAUACGGAAAGGCAGUGCACAAUGCGAUUUGGGUGCAGUUAGCUUUAGUUGUCUGUUAUUUUCCACAAUUUACAGUGAAAAUUGUGAUCUUUCUUAGUACAAAGAGAUUUUCGAAUUUCUUCUUAAUUUACGGAAUGGCAACUGUCUUAAUAUUCUUUAAUUCUACUUUAAACCCGUUCCUUUACUGCCGGAAGAUAAGUGAAGUGAGACGAGCAGUAAAGCAGACGAUCAGACAUGCAAUCUGCUUUGCAGAGGGGUAGAUCUAUUUUAACGUUGGCAUGUACUGUUUCUUCUAUGACUUAUAUGGAAAUUGUGAUAUCUUUGAUUUUAACCCGAUUAUCGAAUUUCAUCAUAAUCAGGGCAUGGCAGAUGUUUUAGUAGCUUUCUUUAACUCGACUUUAAACCCGUUCUUUGCUGUUAAUUUAAAAGCAUUCCUAUUACCAAUUUCCAAUAUUCAAGGGAAAUACGUGACUCUAUCUCAGGCCAUGUAUACAAAGCUGGUAUUAUGAGAAAACAUUUUAUCAUUUCGUGACAAUCGAGUACGAAAGCUGCUGACACACGCUCUUGAGUGCCUACCACUACUCCUAAUUUAAAAAGGUUUGUAUGACAGCUCACCACUUCAAGUAUUACUUCCGCGCUUAAAUUUCAUCUGAUGGUCAAAAAAAGAUUUAUGUCAUUAAAAUUCUGAAAAAAAGGAAUAAGUAUAAUGGAAGGAAUAAGACUUUGGUUUAAAAAUCACUACGCUCUUAAGUUGUUUAAGUGGUUUCUUUAACAUUUCCCCUUUCAUUUUCGGGACUAUUACUUAUAUUACAGAUUGAAUAAAAGGUUGUAUGCAAAUUUUUUAUGAGUAAAUAAUAUGAAAAAGUUAACGUUGCCAUAAAUGUCAUAAAUGAAGGUAUAUUUCAUAGAUGAAAUGAGAAUUAUAUAAAUUUGGUCAGUGAUGUUUAAAAGUUCAAAAUUAUUUACCAGGAUCCGCUGAUUUCCAACCGUGAUUUCUAGAUAUCGUAGAAUUUUGUUCUAAAAUACUCCAGAAAAUUUUUAAAAUGCUAGUUUAUUUACUUUGUCUUGCUGAGUCAUGAGCUAAGCCAUGCAAGCUAAGCUGAAACUAAUCUUUAAACAGAAUACGAUGAAACGAUGCAUGAUGUAGAAUGUCACAGGCUGUUAAGCAUAUCUCUAUAAGCAGAGCCCAUAGCUGCUGUUGCUGUCACAAGCCUUUAAAUUUAAAGGCUUCCAUUUAGUAAAACAGAGCGAAAAUGGUGCAUGGCGCGAUAGUAGCGGUGGAGAGAAAAAACAAGGAGGCUUGGCUCGGGUCGGGUCGUGUCCAGGUCGGUUCAGGUCGAGCCGGGUGAACGUUGUUCUUUACCCGACUGGACCCUAGCCUCACUGUUUUUUCGCUCCGCCGUGACUAUCGCGCCGCUUAUUGGGCUCUUCGUUUUGCCGGUGAACGCUUCGAGCAGGCUAUGUGUCACUCGAUAAACUAUCACAAAAAAAGCUGUGAUGCCGAAUACAACUGAAUGCUACAGAUAUUUUCUUCAAGUCAGUAGUAGAUCCACUCACUACGAAAGAGGAAUCGAGAAAAAAUAUAUGAAAUCAUCUAUUGUAUACGUGACAACUUUAAUCGUUAUUAUGGUAGUUUUUCGAAAAAAAAACUCAUACAAAACCUGGGCUAAAUAACAUGGUCUUGGUGACAAGAGACUCAUCCAAAGGAAGUCUUCGAACUGCUCCCUGACCGAGUAGAAUCUGCACUGCAACCUUUGCCGCACGUAUGUGAUCAUAAUUCUGACAAGUUCCGAUAUCACAGCAUUGGCUAAGCACUUCGUCAUUUGUCCAUAGCUUUUACAAAAGGUUUUCCUUAGUCAAACACUGAUUUUUUCACCAUUUCUUUUGAAACAAUGAUCACGGGGAGUAUAGAUUUGUCCCUGUUAUACGAUGCUACAUCCAAAAUGUCGCUUACCAAUUCGAUUAACAGGUAACUGAGACAAACAGCAUUGUUCAGAAGCAAACUUCCGCCUCCGAACCAGAGACAAUUGGCACACAAAAUGUCUCCGGUGAGAAGAAUGUUUGAAUUCCUUGUUUUUAAUUAAGGAUAACUAGUACAGGCUUGCGUUGUUAAUGGUAUUUACAAAAAAGCUAUUCACCGCUACAUCUAUUUUCAAACAUUUUAGGACAGUUCAAGGCAGUUUGAUCGGUAGAGAGAUUUUCAUGAUCUAAAAGUUCCAGUCAGGUGCGAAACGAAGAGAACAAAGAACAAAAAUAUAAAUAUUUUAAGAGUAACUAUGCAUUUGUAACCAUACAUUAAUUUUGAAUAGUUUCAUGCAAUCCAGCUUUCUAUUUUUCCCAUACCGAUUAUCCUUUUCAAAAAUUGGCAUUAUAGAUGAGGAAAAUGGAAUAACUAAGAUGGUAAAUAUUGAGCACGUUACUGAACUAGAGAAGAAAAUAUUUUUUGUCUUGUCCCGCGCGUAAGACAAAGAAGAAACCUUGAGUCUCCUUACAGGAAAGUAUUGGUAAUUUUUUUUUCUUUUUUUUCCUUUUUUUCUUUUUUUUUUUUUUCAUAACAAUCACGGAUGGACGCAAAAGCGUGUUAAUAAGGCCGAUGAGGCUUCCAUUUUGUUUUGUUGAAAAGUACUGGGGACAGUUACAAGUAAAACGUAUGGAGUAGAUUCAAACAGAUUCGUAUACUUGACUCAACGCCUUAAAUAAAUUGAUAAUGCGUUUUCUUUGCAAAUGACUUGUUUGCCCCAUGAUCAAAUUGAAUCCUAAAAACAAAGAUGAAAUUAAACAUACUUUCAAUAUCCAACAUUUUUUAGUACGGAUGGUCGAUUUACUUCAUGUUACUAUCAUAAAAGGAGACAGAAUUACGGAAAUGUUUUCUUGUCUAAAUAGUAUAUCACCUGUGGAACUGAUGGAAUGAUAUAAAUGUUCCUGGUUUCAAUAGCGCGGCCAUUAGUGUUUGUCUCUUGAAAAUCGUUUUCCCCUUUUACCUCGAUAUGAAAUUUGCUUAAUGAAAAUAAAAAUAUCACUACUUGAAACAUAUGUUUAUAAAUGUUCGAUGUGACAUGACCACUAUACAUUGUGAACCAGCACGUUACAAGUUUUGAUCAAAUUUUUACUCGAUCGGAGGCAGGAUAUCUUUAAUCAUCCAACAGAAUCAAAUUCAGAUCAGAGUCAUUGUGUUUAAAAAAGUCUCUAAGUCAACUUGAUAUCUGAAGAGGAAUACUCUUGAAUUAUCUAAUGAGUGGAAAAAGUAUUAGCCCCGAUCACUUGCCAUGUGUAUUAAAAAAAUAAAAAAAUUUUUAAAAAAAACUCUUCCUCAUCUUAUUUCCAAAUCCACUUUGAGUCAAAGGAAAAUAACCGAAAAGAAAAUUAACGCAGAAUACAAUUUCUCGUUCCAGUAAACCGACUUCCACUUUUGAUUUGGAUCAAUUAGAAUAGAAAGGAAAGGAUGAAAAUUCAAUGAAAGAAGGGGAAUUAAGAGGGGAAAUGUGUAUGGAAGAAACUUUGGUUUAGACAUAUAUUAUUUCCAGCUCUCUUUUUCUUAUUUAGGUUUAAUAACGAUUCGUGUGACCCGUCUGAAAAAGCUGGAGGGUUUUGUCAAACAUCGUAUAAAUGAACGUCUACAAACAUUUAAAGUAAAUGGUUUUUUAUUAGUUAUAACCUUUGGUGGUUGAAUUGAGAAUGUUCUUAUUGACUUCUAGUUUCUUUAAAUGAAUGUUUACCACUGAUUUUUCUUUCCAUAUCUGAAGCUGCCUUUUUCUCAAAAAGGCAUCAGGUGUCCCAUUGAUUUCUCUUUGGACAUUUGGACGUAGCGACCGCGGUGACACGUCUCAUUUCUUCGUGCAAAAUCCAACAUGUUUUAAAGGUGAGGAAAAUGAUUUCAGUGUUAAUUUUUGGAAUUUGAAUGAGGUAUUAGAAAUAUAAUUUUGAAAGUUACCCUUUAUCGGCAAGAAGCAGAUGUAGAACAAUGGUAUAGAGGGUAGACUGCUAGUCUGACGAAGACUAGAGAAUUAUAGAUAGAAUUGAGAGUUCGAACCCUGCAGGUAACGUAAAAAAAAAACAAAAAACAAUAGACCGAGAGGGGCCUUGAAGGAAGGAUGCCUGCCAGAGAAAUGGGAAAGAGAAAGAGGUGAAAAUGGAGAGAGAGAGAGGGAAAAACAGCGCGGAAAGGAACGCUGUAAAAAAAUUCCUCUUUUAUUAGUGCGGUAAGUAAUAAUUAGGGAUGUAUAUAUUCAAUUACCAAGGGAAUUGUCUAUUGUAUUCAAAGACAAAGGGUAGAAUGCAUAAUUAAUAAGAUGUGCAUGCAUAAUGAAGUAUGGGGCUGUGCGGAAAUUUUUCCAUUUUGCUUUGGUUUCAUCUGUUUUCUUCCAAAUUUGGUGAACUUUUGUGAAAGGCUGCUCUACAAACCUAUCGAGGCUUUAAUUUUUUGGUGAACUUACUCGAAGUUUAACUUCGUUCAAAAUUAUGAAGUUGAUAUGGCAACGUAACUUUGUGAAAACUGAAAUUGCACAAUCUGUGGGAGAGUUUGUGGAGCGUUGUGUUAGAAAUGUUCUGAAAAUACAAAGUUGAAAACAGUCGUUGGUGGGGGGAUAUGAAAUUUAUGGAAAAAGCCUCUAUGAAAAACUUAGUCAAUAAUUAACUUUAUAAUCCAUCAAAUAUUUUUGCUCGCACCAGAUUGGUUUAAAUGCAUCAGUUGACCGAAUAUGCCGGUUAAAACUGGGGAAUAUCCGAGAAUAUAGCUUGAGUCAUAUUCGCCAAUUUUCAAAACUUAUACUUCCAGUAGGAUUUAAGUCUUUUUUGUGACUUUAUUCAAGAUGAAAGAACGUUUUGUGAUUGUUCCAGAGGAAGAAAUAUGUUUGUUCAUAAAAAGUGAACAUCCUACGUAAGAUUUUUCAAGGGCGUUGCAAAAACAUUUGAGGGAUAAUAAACAAAAUAACCUGCCCCAUGGCGCGAAAUAUGCUCGCAUGUUAGUCUAUGGCCAUUAUGUGUUCGUAAAAGCGCAGUUUUCUUCGAGCUUCGCUCUCAGGAAAGCGUUUGCAACGGGUACUAUCUCUUCACAACCUCCAUUAAUUUCAUUCAAACGCGACAAAAACAUAGGCAACUUUUUGGUCAGAAGUUCAUUUUAAACUAAUGACAACCUGGAACUUUCAAAAGCGCUCGCUCACGACGCAAAACCUGUCCUUUCAUUUAUAGUGUGGGGAAAAUGUCGGACCAAAGAGAUCCAUUACGACUAUUGAUCACUUCACUUACACCUCCACCAAUGUCAUUUACUGCAUAACUUGCGCUUAUUGCUAAAAGUUAUACAUUUGUGAAAUAGGAAGACGACCAGGUGACCGAUUCCAAGAACACCUUCGCGACGUAGACAGAAAUGACAAGGACGCAUCCAAAUCAGUCGUUAGACACUUAAAUCUUAUUGCGGCUUUUCCCUACAUCCCCAUAUAUGGCGUUUCUGCAUAUAAACACUCACACAACCCAUAAUUCCUCCAUUCGCUCUGACGAAGGGCUAACGCUCGAAAAUUCAGCUUUGAAACUCUUUACGAUGGCCAAAUUACCUUGUUUCAGGUUAGGUGAUUUCAAAUUGCAAUUCAUCAUCAAUAAAUUGCAAAAGAAUUUAGUACAAAAAAGUGGUCCUGGUGUGGUCCUGGUUAGUGGUCCUGGCCGUUUACAGGCCAGGACCACACUUAUUUCAUGCCGCUGGCGUACAGAACCAGAAACAGAUGGGUGUUGUCUUCACUUUAAAUCGACAGGAUUUCCAUAUUCGUUCACAUAGAUAUAGCGAAAACCGGCACAAGAUAGUUCAUCAAGAACACUUCGUCUCCCGCCAUUUUUGUAAUUUGAAUCGUCUGAGUCAGCGGGUUAAAUUCUGGGUCAAAUUUCCCAGUAAAAACAGAUGUCACGUUUAACUAGCAAAUGUUGAUCUAUAAACAAACACCUAGAAAGAAAAUGUCUAACUAAAAACUAAACUAAACUAAAAAUGAAGCGAUUUAGUAUAGAAAUCUGCGACACUACCAUGAGUAAGCCUUGAAAAACAGAGUGUCAAAUUCGUAUUGAUAAGGUAACAAAAUCGGGAAACAAGGAAAGGAAAGCCUUAUUUCAUUCAUUAUUAGCUGGAAAAAUGUUUGUUUAGUUAAGAAAUUCGAUUCCUUGUCAUUUAUAGCAAAUGUAGACUGUCACACAACUUAAUUAGAUUUUUUAUUUCCACACGGAUUAGAAAGCACGAGGCAAAUCAUUUUAUAACCAGAAGUCUCUUCUAUGAGACUGCAGAGCAAAUGAAAAAUGGGUAACACUUUAUCUUAUAAAGUCUUAAAAAUGGGGAAAUAAAAGUUGACUUGUAUCUCCUUAGUUACCCCUUUUUAACUCAUCCACUUCUUAAGUUAUAAAAUUGUUCUCUUUUACUUCUUGCAAGUUGAUUCUUUAGAUGUGUGUUUACGUUGGCUGGCCCGCCUUGAAUAACUCCGCUGGCCGCGUUGUACGCAGGACUCUGUACCUCACUAAGAAUUGAAAGGGUUAGUAAUCAGUCAAUUAUUUUUAACUGUAAUUAACAGACAACUUUAAGCUCUUUAGUAUUCGAUUGUGAUUUUCAUUAUCAAAGGUAAUCGCACAGAAAACAGCAACAAAAUGAAUCCAAUCACUUCCCAUAUACAUGACAGCGUGCUUGAAACAAGAACAAGAAAUUAAGGGUAAUUUAGUUUUAUAAUCUGAGUUGAUAACGUAAAUUGGCCACUGUAAAGAGUUUAAAAGAUGAGAUUUCGAGCGUAAGCCCCUCGCCAGCAUGCGUGUUGAUCACCUUGCAAGUUGUGAGAACAUCGUCCCCAGGUUCCAGCCCUCGUCAGUUGUUCCCCCCUUCCCCACCCCGGAUCUUCUACAGCCAGUGCUGAAGAGUUUAAUUUCGGUUUUUACUCAGAAUAAUGAGAGCUAGAAAAUAAAUUAACAAGAGCUCCGCUUUUAGGCUUGGCUAAAUCUAUAUAUUAUGAUGGUUGAGAUCUCGGCGUUUGAUUUUCAUAGGUUUAUUCCUAAUCAGUUAAAAACAAGGCAGCUAAAAAAGAAAAAAAUUCUAUUUUUAAAUUUAUUUCGACAAUUUCUUCAUCGACGGCCUUCAUCCUCAUUACCACAGUGAACCUGAAUUUUCAUCACAAUUCAACAUCAAUUCAAAUUUCAUUGAUAUCCUUCCUCUCGAGAAAACUGCUUAAGUAAUGUUAUCUUUACUUCUAACUACGAAUAAUAUUUCAGGAAAACAAUCAAUUGUAAUUCUCAAAGGGGAAUCAAAUUCUAACAAAUUAUAUCCCAACCAAAUUCGAAUUUCGGCACUAGUAUCCUUACUUGUAGCUGUAAAUUGUCUUUUUUGAUGUCACUCGCCAAAGUAGUGGUUGCUAAUUUAAAAGGAAUAUAAUCGGUGUGCAAUGCUGUUGUUUAAGUAACCAGCCGCCAACAGAGUUUUUCACCAUUUAACAGAUAUUCAUGUCACGUCCAAAACUUUUUCUGAAUCUGAGUGACUCCACUUUACAACUAGAUGUUGAAAAGUGAAAAAAGGACUGAAAACAUUGACAUUGGAUGAUGCUUUAUUUAUUCAUCUAUUAAGGAAUAGAUGGAGAGAUUAUAGCAACAUCAAAUUCCGUUAAGGAAAAGGAAGCGGCUUCCUAUUCAAAGGCUGCUGCGACACUGAUGUUCGUAUUAUGCUUCAUAUUAAUUUUCUGUUUAUUUUCGGACUGCUCACCACCUAAACUUAAGUGUAACAAAAAUAUUAAUAAUUAAAAAAAAGCCUCAAAUUCUGCGCAAUUUCGGCAAAUUGUUCAUAAAGAAAAUGGUUUUAACUGACGCACUUUUGUUCCAACGAAUCACAUGCUAUGACCAAUCACGGGGCGCACAGCGUUUUGUGAUGAACACAAAAGGCAACCUGUGUAACUGAAGAGGUAACACCAGUUAUUUCUCACAGCAGGCCUUCCAUUUUCUACGCAAUAAAUUGUUUUCACGGAAAUCAGUCUUCAAGCCUGAACUACGAUUGUAGGAAGUAUAAAUUUGUCGCUUUUAGACGAUGCUAUAUCCAAAAUGUCGUUUACCAAUUUGAUAAACAAGUAACUAAGGCAAACAGCGUUGUUCCGAAGCAAACUUCCGCCUUAGAACCAGAGAUAAUUUGCACACGAAAUGUCUCUCGUGGGAGGAAUAAUUGAAUUCCUUGUUUGUAGCUAAGGAUAACCUACAAAAGAGUGCAUUGUUAAUAGUGUUUAAAAUAAAUUGUUCACCGCUAGGUCUAUUAUCAGACUUUUUAGGGCAUAAAGGCGGUUUGAUCGGUAGAGAGAUUGCCAUUGUCUUAAAGUUCCAGUCAGGUGUGACACUUAGAGAACAAAGAAGAAAAUUCGAAUAUUUUAGAGGUAACUAUACAUCUGUAAACAUACAUUAAUUUUGAAUAGCUUCAUGUAAUCUAGCUAUCUAUUUUUCUCAAUGCCGAUAUAUUUAGAAUAACUUUGCAUCCGAAGCCUGCAAUAGUUUUUAAAUUGGACUUUAUCUCUCAAUAUGCCUAAGCUGAUACCAAUUCGUGGCGUCCUAAGAUCAAGUGAGUUAAUAAUUCACGCUGUUAUCCGAGUAAGGCAGCGAAUUUGAUUUAAACAAUACUUCGGCCGAUGCGUCGGCCAAAGGUCGACUGUCGGUAUACUACCGCUGAAUGUUUAUUUAGGUGAGGAGGUUUUUUUAUGCAGUAUUGUGAAAUCACCCUAUCACAAAUGCAGUUUUACUUUCCCCCAAUUACUAAUUCAAAUUCGCGAAAAAAACUGGCUUUUUUUCUUCUUUCGUCUCACAAACCUCACAGGUUUUGGGGGUUUUACAAAGUCGGACGCUACUGAUGAGUUUUAACUCUCUGCAAUUGCUAUUCAAAAACUAAAGUUUAACCGAUCUUGACUUUGAGGGUGCUGUUAAGACCAAAUAUUUCCCGUUGUAAAUAAGGAUAACGUACGAAAGGGUAAAACGACAGCAAGAUGAUGGCGACAACAAAUAUAACGGGAAAUGAAACACAGACGAAAACGUUUGAAGGACCGGAAUGCUUCUCGAUUCGGGUAGCUGAGUUUAAACAGCAGUCCGUUUCAUUCUCAGCAGCCAACAUUUUCCUCUCCAUCCUAGCAACUCUUGGGAAUUCGCUUAUCCUUGUUGCCCUUCACAAGGUAUCUUCUCUCCGUCCGCCAUCCAAAGUCUUGUAUCGUUGUCUGGCAACAACUGAUCUUUUGAUUGGUUUUAUUACCCAGCCUCUCUAUGCUACUUAUUGGAUAUCCUUGGUUCACGAACACUGGAGUCUUUGUCGAUACUCUUUAAGCGCAACCAGUGUAACAGGCUAUGUGUUAUGUUUAGUUUCACUGUUGACGCUGACGGCCAUAAGCGUGGACCGACUUCUCGCCCUGUUGUUGAGACUGAGAUACAAAGAGAUUGUAACUUUGAGGCGCACGUAUAUCAUUUUAGCUAUCUUUUGGUUUAUAUCUCUAUUCGCUGGUUUAUUCUUACUUCUCAAUUACACUAUAACCAUUUGGUGCAGCUUUAUAAUUUCGUUAUUUUGCUUAGUUACCUCCACUGCCUCAUACACAAAGAUUUUCCGCGCUCUCAGUCAUCAUCAGGCUCAAAUACAAGAUCAUGCUCAACAACAGCCAAGCCAACCAAGUGCAUUAAACAUGGCGCGAUACAGAAAGGCAGUGUACAGUGCACUGUGGGUACAGUUAGCUUUAGUUGUCUGUUAUGUACCACAUACUGCAGUCAAAAUUGCGUUGUCUCUUAAUACAAAGCGAUUUCCGAAUUUCAUCAUAAUCCAGGGACUGACAAACGUCUUAGUGUUAUUUAACUCUACUUUAAACCCGUUCCUUUACUGCUGGAAG